AACUAAUUUUUUUCCAAAGAAAAACAGAAAUGGCCCUAAUUAAAGGGCUUUUGCAAUUGCAAUAAAUGUUUAAUCUGGGUUCUUGAUUCUUCGUCAUUACCAAUUUUACUCUGAGAUCACCCCAUCAAGGACCAAAGUACCUGACUCAGCUCUGCGUCACAUACGACUUGGAAUCUGAGUUCCCCAAGAACUUCUUCUUCUUCUGAUUAUUAAUUACUCCACGAUUCCCCUCUCUCUCUCUUCUCUCUCUCUAUAAAUCAGAUUCUCCUCUUGUUUCUGCCCUAUUGCUUCGCCCUUUGUUUCAAUAAGUUCUCUGGGCUUUUUGAUUCUGGGAUCUGCUCGAAGAGGGUUUGCGAAAUUAAGAAGCUUUUUUAGGAAAUGGAUCAUUCAUCGAAUAGAUUUGGCAAUAAUGGAGUGGAAUCGAUUUUACCGAAUUACAAGCUUGGUAAAACUCUUGGAAUUGGAUCUUUUGGGAAGGUGAAAAUAGCUGAGCAUGUUGUCACUGGCCACAAGGUUGCUAUUAAAAUCCUCAAUCGCCGUAAGAUCAAGAACAUGGAAAUGGAAGAGAAAGUGAGAAGGGAGAUCAAAAUUCUCAGAUUGUUUAUGCAUCCUCAUAUCAUUCGGCAAUAUGAGGUGAUUGAGACACCAAGUGACAUUUAUGUUGUGAUGGAGUAUGUCAAGUCCGGAGAACUCUUUGAUUAUAUUGUAGAAAAAGGCAGAUUACAAGAGGAUGAGGCUCGCAACUUUUUCCAGCAGAUAAUAUCUGGUGUUGAGUAUUGCCAUCGUAAUAUGGUUGUCCACAGAGAUCUGAAGCCUGAGAAUUUACUACUGGAUUCGAGGUGCAACAUUAAGAUUGCAGACUUUGGUCUUAGUAAUGUCAUGCGGGAUGGUCAUUUUCUAAAGACAAGCUGUGGAAGCCCCAACUACGCUGCUCCCGAGGUUAUAUCAGGUAAAUUAUAUGCUGGACCUGAAGUAGAUGUAUGGAGUUGCGGAGUCAUAUUGUAUGCUCUGUUGUGUGGUACUCUUCCAUUUGAUGAUGAAAACAUUCCCAACCUUUUCAAGAAAAUAAAGGGUGGGAUUUACACUCUUCCAAGCCAUUUAUCAUCUGAGGCUAGAGACCUGAUCCCAAGGAUGCUUAUAGUUGACCCAGUGAAACGAAUCACCAUUCCUGAGAUCCGCCAACACCGUUGGUUCCAGACUCAUCUUCCUCGUUAUCUUGCUGUUUCUCCACCAGAUACAGUAGAGCAGGCUAAAAAGAUCAAUGAGGAGAUAAUUCAAGAAGUGCUUAACUUGGGAUUUGACAGAAACCAGGUCAUGGAAUCUCUUCGCAACAGAAUACAAAACGAUGCCACUGUUACAUACUAUCUGUUAUUGGACAACCGGUUCCGUGUCCCAAGUGGCUAUCUUGAAUCCGAGUUUCAGGAGACAACAGACAGUGGUUCGAAUCCUAUGCGCACACCUGAAGCGGCUGCUUCACCUGUAGGCCACUGGGUUCCUGCACAGGUGGACCACUAUGGGUUGGGAGCAAGAUCACAGGUCCCAGUUGACCGGAAAUGGGCUCUUGGACUUCAGUCCCAUGCGCAUCCUCGUGAAAUCAUGAACGAAGUUUUGAAAGCUCUUCAAGAACUCAAUGUGUGUUGGAAGAAGAUUGGGCACUACAACAUGAAAUGUCGAUGGGUUCCUGGUUCUGCUGAUGGUCAGAAUACUAUGGUCAACAAUCAGCUGCACUUCAGAGAUGAAUCCAGCAUCAUUGAGGAUGACUGUGCCAUGAGUUCACCCACUGUCAUCAAAUUUGAACUUCAGCUAUACAAAGCUCGCGAAGAGAAGUACUUGCUGGAUAUCCAGAGAGUUAAUGGUCCUCAGUUUCUCUUCCUGGAUCUAUGCGCUGCCUUUCUGACAGAGCUCCGUGUGAUCUGAAGCUUUUAACCAUUUGUUCGGACAUUUUUUUUUCUUUCAUGUUUAAUGGUUUGUAAUAGUAGAGAGAACACAAUAUAAUAUGUGGGUGCAGUGUUUACUUUGCCGGGUUACUUUUAUAUACCUGGAUUCUAAGUUAAACUCUACUGUAAUAGUAACUAUCAUUUCCUCUUUUUGAUGGUUUUUUAAGGUUUGAUCAUGUGUACAUAA